GCUGGGGCAGGCGCCUCCUGUCUUGGGUGCUUCAGCCAUGACAGGUGAGGACUCCAUCAGCACCCUGGGCCUGAUCCUUGGCGUGGGACUCUCGCUGCUGCUUGUGUCCGUCCUAGGCUACAGCCUGGCCAAGUGGUACCAGCACGGGUACUGCUGGGAGGGGCCUAAUUUCGUCUUCAACUUGUACCAGAUUCGGAACCUGAAGGAGCUGGAGGGGGGUCCACCCUUCACCAUCAGUGGCCAUGUCAGCAGUUUGGAUGGUGGCUACAUGAAGUUCUCUGACAGGCUAGUCUGAUGGGGGAGUGUCAGGCUCUGGAGCCCGGGAGAGGAGGAGCUCCUGGGGAGGCACCUGCCCCUCAUGGGCUCCCUGGGCUGCCUUCAACCUCUGGGGUCUUGUGGAUGAUGAGGAGUCACUCCAGGUGCACCACAGGCCUGCAGCAGGAGGACCUCCAGGAGGUUCUCUGGACAGAGUCUGGUAGGGUAGCACUGGCUUUCUCCUACAAACAAAAAGACAGGCAUUUGCCCAGGAGUAGAGACUGGUUCCCAGGAGCCCCCUGAGCCUGGGGAGGGGUUCCAGGUGUCCUGGAAAACAAAGGCCUCCCAGCUCAGU